UUAUAAACAAACCCUUCACCAAUGCGGUAUAUAGGCUUCAUACACCAUAUAGGUCACAGCUUCAGUCAACCUCCCAAUAAAGUUUUGAUAUAUACUUACCCAUCAUGGCAGUCCCAAAGAAUGUCCUCGAUAAGAUCAAAGCGGCGAUACGGGCCAACAAUUCCCCUACCGGGAGUUCGAGGCAGUUCAUAACAAGGUAUCUAAAAUCCGAGUUCAGUUACAACAAUGCCAACGCGAUCAAAGUGGCACUGAAGAAAGGGGUGAGUACGAAGGCAUUGAAUCAGAUAGGGCAGAGUUUCCUGGUGAUCGGGGAUAAGAUAGAUCAGGUGGCAAAGCCAAUUUCCAAAGAAAACGAACUCGUGAUCGAGGAUUUGACCAUCGGAAAUGGAGAAGGGCCCGUGGGCGUGGGCGAUACCGUAGCGGUUGACUAUAUAGGCACGCUAGACGAUGGCACACAGUUUGAUAAAAGCAAAAACUUUGAAUUUCACGUCGGGGCGGGUGACGUAAUCAAGGGUUGGGAUAGAGGGGUGGUGGGUAUGCGAGUAGGCGGCACGCGAUCACUGGUGGUUGGCUCCCGUCUCGGCUAUGGAAAGAGAGGGAGCAAGCCAGACAUCCCACCCAAUGCAACUCUACAUUUCACACUGUUGCUCAGGAAAAUAUUCUAGAUCACCAAGAAUACCUCUUAUCAAUAUCGACAGCUG